AAAGAUGGAAGUGCACCCAAUGUUGUCCUAUUACAAUGAUGUACAAGAUGGAACAGCAUUAGUAACCAACACUUUAGAAACUACUAAUCACCUGACUCCACUCCAUAUUCCUCCUGGACCACCUAUACUGCCGGCUAGAUAUGAGGAACUAAGGGACACAUUCCAGCUGUGUAAACCUGUCUUCAAAGCAGGACAAGAAUAUGGAGGAAGUGAGCCUUUGUUGCCAGAAACUCACAGAAACUAUGAGCCACCAUAUACAUUUGAUAAUGAACACAAGUACUAUGGUUCUACUGGAUAUGCCCCACUAAGACUUCCUAGACUGCCAGAUAACUCACCUGAGGAUACAAGAAAUUUAAAAUACAAGUUGCCACCAGGGGUUCCAGGUACUCUUCUUGUCGAGAGCCGCUUUCAUCCAUUUCAUCCCUAUGUCCAUACUUCUGAGCCCGAUAAUGUUUGCACUGGAGGUAAACCUGACAGGUAUGAUGAUGGCAGCAAACCUUUGGAUAUUUUUAAGAAGCUUCCUCCAUGUGCUGAACAACGUGGUCCAAUAUAUGAUUCAAAUGCCCCAGAGUUUCCUAAAUCCAGUUUCAAAAUUCCAGAACUUAAUAUAUCAGCCAGAGCGGCCAACAUGUUGGAAAAUGUAAAGAAGACCCUCUGGUUAUCCUCUUACAAGCGUGACUACACAGGCACAGGUUCUAUGGUCCCCUUGCUGUUGGAUGAUCAUGAUGUCAAGACAAUUGGUAGAGCAACUGGGGAACUAGGCGUAAAUGUUGAUCUGAGAGAAACGUUUCCAGCACACACUUCUCAAGUAAGACCCUUAGAAGGACGCAUCGCACGCUUACUUCAAAACAGACGGCCUCUCCUGUCAGGCCCUCGAGAGCAGGAAUACUCCACUUCAGAAAUGCCUCCACUUCAACAUACACCUGACUCAGUCAUCCGUGGUUUCUCAGAAGGGGUACUAAGCUGUGGAGAAGUGUUGCCGAUUCCAGUUCAGCAGUGUCCAAAUACAGAAAAUGGAACCAAGAGACGGAAUGAGUAUGUGGCACAGAAGCGACCUCCAUGGAAUAAAUUUCAGAAAAUUACAGAUACUUGGAAAACAGAAUCUCUGUAUUUAAGGCAGCUUGCAGUACCACCUGAUCCAGACUCAGCUCCAAAGCCUACAAAGUCAAUUUACUAUGAAGACUUGAAACCCUCCCGUCUAGAUAAAUACAUAGUAUGGCAACAUCCUGUCUUUCUCAAUAAACCAGCCUCAACAGAUCUGAACUGCAGAAAGCAUGGGAACCUUCAGGAUCUCGAGUUUGCUCCUAGUCCUGAAGACAACCCACCAAGAAACCUGUUGCCAGAGUGGGUUCCUAACUGUGGGGUGGCUCGGCCUCAAACAAGCUUACUUGACAUUCAGGAUUUUUUUACAAAAACCGAUACAAUCAAGCGUUUGAAUGACUUAACUAGAGGAGGAAUGAGAGACCUCAGAGAUCAUGACCGAAAAGGCAGAAGGCACAAAUUCUAUGAUUUUCAUGCCUUUUUCUUCCACUGACACCCAUUCUCACCAUGUAUAAAAAUAGAACA